UUGCAUUCUGAUUCUGUCAUCAGGCUUGGAUAUUGAGGAAGGAUUCACAGCCCCUCUACUGCUGCUGCUGCUGCUGCCUCUGCUGCUCUCUCUGCCUCUGUGUGUAGGUUUUGUACGUGCGGACGCCUGAUAGAGAUGAAAUGCCAGGAUCGGGCUUCCUCCAGGGAUACCGUCUCCAUCCUGUAACGUGAGGCAGCCAGCAGCGGUGCGAGGAGACCAGGGAGAAACUGCAUCCGUCUUAGAGAGGCGCCUCCAAAGGACCAGGCGUGAUCCAACAGGAGGGGAUAUUUAUUUUUUAAUUAGUCUCUGCUGUAGAGAGAAGGAAUUGUCGUCAUCCCCCCCCCCUUCCCCAGCCAUCCUUUUUUUUUUCUCCAGUGCCCCCUCCUUUCUCCUCCGCCUCCACUCACAUUUUCCCCCCCUCAUUUUUCUAGAGGAGCUCGUUAGAAUAUCAAACCUCCAUGUAUGACAAUUUGUACCUGCAUGGAUUUGAAGACUCGGAGGCGGGCUCAGCUGAUUCAUAUACUAGCAGACCAUCAGACUCAGAUGUAUCUCUGGAGGAGGAGCGCGAGGUGCAGGCCCAGGUCCAGAGCCAGAGCCCCAGCCAGAGCCAAGGACCGGGACAGAGCCGUCAGGAGAGGGAGCAGCAGGCUGCCGUUCAACUGGAGAGAGCCAAGAGUAAACCUGUGGCGUUUGCUGUAAGGACCAAUGUCAGCUACUGUGGCGCCCUGGAUGAGGAUGUUCCAGUACCAGCAACAGCCAUCUCUUUUGAUGCCAAGGACUUCCUCCACAUAAAAGAGAAGUUCAACAAUGACUGGUGGAUCGGGCGCUUGGUAAAAGAGGGUUGUGAGAUCGGCUUCAUUCCCAGCCCUCUGAAGCUCGAGAACAUCCGGCUCCAGCAGGAGCAAAAGAGAGGACGAGUCCAAGGUAAGUCUGGAGGAAACUCCUCUUCCAGUGUGGAGGAUGAGGUGUCAGCCUCUAUCCGACCACUCAUAUCCUCAGCAGGAAAGCAGAAACAGAAAGUGACGGAGCACAUCCCCCCGUAUGAUGUGGUGCCCUCCAUGAGGCCUGUGGUGCUGGUGGGACCCUCGCUCAAAGGUUACGAGGUGACAGACAUGAUGCAGAAAGCCCUAUUUGACUUCCUCAAGCACAGAUUUGAUGGCAGGAUAACUAUAACACGAGUCACUGCAGACAUCUCAUUGGCCAAGAGGUCCGUUCUGAACAACCCCAGUAAGCGAGCCAUAAUUGAAAGAUCCAACACUCGUUCCAGCUUAGCUGAGGUGCAAAGUGAGAUUGAAAGAAUCUUUGAGUUGGCGCGCUCCCUUCAGUUGGUCGUCUUGGACGCCGACACCAUCAACCACCCGGCCCAGCUCCUCAAGACUUCACUGGCGCCCAUCAUUGUCCAUGUCAAAGUCUCCUCACCAAAGGUUCUUCAGAGGUUAGUCAAAUCCAGAGGAAAGUCGCAGAGCAAACACCUAAAUGUCCAGCUUGUGGCAGCAGAAAAACUGUCUCAGUGUCCACCGGAAAUGUUUGACAUCAUCCUGGAUGAAAACCAGCUGGAAGACGCCUGUGAACACCUUGCUGAAUACCUUGAGGCCUACUGGAAAGCAACUCAUACCUCGAUGGCAACACCUCUGAACCCUCUGAUGGGUCGGAACCUGGGGCCCACUACUCUCACCCCUUAUCCCACCAGCAUCUCUGGUCUGCAGAGCCAAAAAAUGCGACAAAGCAACCACACAGGAGACCACUCCACCGCAAAUGAGCGGCGCAACCUGAUGACAUCAGACGAAAAUUACCACAAUGAGCGAGCGCAUAAGGGACGCAACCGCAUGUCUUCUGGCUCACAGCACAGCCGAGAGCAGCAGGACCCCUACCAGGACUACCAGGACCCCUAUCAGGACGCCUACAAGCCCCAUCGCAAUCGAAGUUCACCGGGCAGCUACAGCCACGAUUCCAGGCAGCGGCUCUGAGCCCACUUCUGCUGCCACCAGGACCCUACAGACCCAGGUUCCACUGAAAAUAAAUCCUCCAAUAGAGCCAAGAUGGUCCCCAAAUUGUACCUUAUUUUUCUUUCUUUCUUGUCUGGCCUGCCUGGCAAUUUUUCUCUUAGAAUACUGAUCAGGUAUUUGUUUUUAAUCAAACUGUCAAUCAAAAGCAUGAAGAAGUCAGAAGAUUCUGAAUGCCAACAAUAAUUAACACUAAAAUUCUUUUCCUUUAUCUUUCGGGGAUCUUCUUGGAUUGUACUAACACAACGCUCAGCAGAUGUGCAGCACGGAUUGUGCUUGUUGCGUCUGUCAACAAGCUAGUUUUGACUACUGGUCAGAUGGUGAUAUAAAGGCAUUGUGUACCUGGAGUGUCGCAUCAAACUGGAGGGAUGUCCACUGCACACAGACUGCUGACUGAAAGGCUGCUGCCCCUAUCCUGGGCCGUGUAUAAAUCCUCUCACCAUUUAGCUUAUUGCAUGCCAAUAGUUGGUCAACCUCCGCAUCCACUUAGCUAAUAUUUUGUACCUAGCAUUCUGGAUAAGGUUUAGGUCCAAUUUUCUAAAUCAUCCGGUCGUGGAUCAGCAGUUAGUGGUGGGGAUUGUGGUCCGGUGUGCAGAUAGCUUUGAAAACUGGUGCUUCACAUCCCCUAUCCCCGUGUCCCUCAACAUUUCUUUGCUAUUUGCAAGUCACUUUGAGCAAGGCCAGCUUUUCUGUAGCAUAGCUUUAGCAUCUCAUUAAGGUGAAGACCCUCACGGUCAGAGAUGGACAAGAUGCUGAAGUUGUUGGGAUCAGAUCCGAGCUACGCUUUAGAGCUUCUGCUCUGAGCAGGUAGCACAAAGGAAGCACUAUCUCUGUGUGUCUAGGAUAGUAAAUUGCAAUAUUAAGACGCUACCUGAUAUGUUUUUAGUGUUGUUUGUAAAAGGGUGAGACCCUCUGAAGCAAGUCAGGAUGUUUCUUUGGUUUUAUUUCCCUUGAUCUUUUACAAUUACAGUAUCAUCAGCAUAUAUGGAGAUUUUUUUGUGGCUAUUUUUCACUUAACCACACACUUAUCAGUUUGUCCCUAUUAUUCUUUCUUGAAAUGGGGUUAAAAUAACCAUACCAGGAUCAGUGGCAUUGCAUUUAUUUCACUUUUGUAGCUGGCAUGACAACCUGACUGCAGAGCAUGCUCCCUACAAUAAGAACCUCAUGUACUCAACCCAAUAUUUUUUUUAAAACUAUGGAAAAAAAAAAGUAAAAAAAAAGAGUAAAGAACAAUUAAAAAUACAGACCCAAACUGCAGAACAGGUGAAAACCAUUAACAAGAUUUAUGAGGUUAGUGUUCCGGCUGAUAAAAAUGGCAUACGGGACAAAAUAUACGUGGAUGUUGCAUGAUGUACAAUUGGAGCCACCGCAAUCAUAGUUUUGUCUUUUCAGUCAUGUCAGAAAAUUCACAAAGGCAUCACAUGCAGUCUAAGUUUACUGAACCCCCAUAUGGUGCUUUGUAUAAAUACAGAGAGCUGCAGCUGUUUCUGAUUAUGUUCAAUAUCCUGUUUUUCCCCAUUUAUUCUACAGAUCGUUUGCAUAUAAGAAUAAUUAUAUGGAAAUUGUUUAUUCAAAUGACUGCUCGAGGAGGUUUAUGGAGUUUCACAGAAAUGUGUCAAAUUUACACUUCCUGGGUUAUUCUCCAUAAUGAAGGGAUGUGCUCAAACUUUUGAACUUCCCUUUUCAUUAUAAUUGACUUUUUUUUUUGUCUGAUGUCUACGCAGAGUGAUUUCUAAGUUAAGAUGUGUGAUAAUCACAAACUUCACUUAAAGAGAAAAAGAUCAAUUGCAUUUAAGGAGGGCACCUUCAUGAUUUUAGAUAAGGAUUUUUGGACUGCACAGCUCAGAAGGUUGUUCAAACUAAACCACAGUUGGCUGUAGUCUGGUGUUGCAUGCAAUAUGGAUGUAGUAGAACUGCCCGAUUAUGGAAAAAAAAAGAAAAAGAAAACAAAAAUUAUGAUUAUUUAACAUGAUUACUUAUUGAGUUUGGAUUUAUUGCACUAUAACAACAUUCUGCAAAGCAGAAUGUGGCAAAAAUAAUUUUAGCAUAUAUGUACAAAGUACAACAUUUAAAUUAAAAUAUGAAUCAGAUUAAUUGCACAUUCUUUAGACUUUAUUUGAGCUUUUGUACUGUUUUACUUUGUCUUUAUUUCUUCUGACAAAAGUCCCGCAUGCAGCUGGUUGAAUGUACUAGUCUGGGUAUCAUUUGCUGCAGAAUAUAUCAUUUUUGUGCACAUAUUACAGAUGUUAAGCAUGCACCUGUGCAGAAUAUUUGAGUUCAUGAAUUCAUCUAUUCCAAGUCAACAUUCAUUGAAAUUAAUGAGCCCAAAAGGACCAAUGACAGCACACUUCAGCAAUGAAAGAGUAAAGCUCAACAACUAUUUUUUAAACCCUAUUUUCGCCCGUUGCUAAGCAGCUCAAAAGUAGCAAAGCCCAGACAUUCUCCUCAUCUUCCUGCAUUUAGUGGAUCUGAGUUUGAGAAGCAGCAAAAUAUAGGCUAACGUGUUCAAGUUAUUAAAGGGAAAGUUAAAAAGUUAAAAUGAGUUAAAAAGAUUAGAAGCAGUUAAUAUCUUAUCUGGAGUCAAUAACUCCCUCUGCAACACAUCUUGGUAUAAAUUCAGAUUAGCUGGACGCUAGGUCUAACAGUUCACAAAAUGGACUUCUACCAUUUUAAGACAACUCCAAUCUCAAAUUUAUGAGAUCACUUUUUUUUUUUUUUUUUUACAAAUGUUUCAACUUUUGACAUAUUUGUAAAUGUCAGCAUGUCAGCUAUUAACACAGAAACUGAAAAGGUUUACAGGGGAAAUGUAGUAGCAGAUGGCACACCACCAAUUAUCUUCCUGUGUGAAACAUAUUGCUAAGAUGGAACGUGGAAAAGACAUGACAUGCAGGAAAUGGCAGUCAUUGAGCUGUUAUGGUGUUUUCUAUCUUCCCAUAUAUAAUUAACAUGUCACAUGAAUCUU